AUGUCCCUCAAACUUUUCCAGCCCCGUCAGGUCGGCAAAAUCAAUCUCGACCAUCGAGUCGUAAUGGCACCACCUACUCUCCCAGACACCAUGAUCAUAGCAGAAGCAACAAUGAUCUCACCAUCAGCCAGCGGACUUCCUCACGCGCCCGGGAUAUGGAGCGAAGAACAAGUUGAGGGCUGGAAAUAUUAUUUGGCUUUUCAUUUCUGUCAGCUAAUUGCUGUCGACAGAGCCGCUGACCCGGCACAAUUGCAAGCAGACGGUGGCUAUGUUCUGCAUGCUCCUAGUCCGAUUCUCAUUGAGCCCGGGAUGCCGAUUCCCAAACAGCCGGAAGAGAAUGAGGUGCAACAGAUUAUUGGUGACUUCGCAACAGCCGCGAAAAACGCUAUUCGUGCUGGUUUUGGCGGCGUUGAGAUCCACGGGGCUAAUGGGUACUUGGUCGACCAGUUCCUCCAAGACGUUUCGAAUAACAGAAACGACCAGUGGGGUGGCAGUAUCCCCAAUAGAGCGCGAUUCGGCUUGGAGGUCGCCAAAGCAGUAGCCGAUGCUAUCGGUGCUGAGCGUGUUGGUUUUCGCGUUAUUCCUUGGAACACAUGGCAGAGCAUGAAGAUGGUCGACCCAGUGCCUCAAUUCGCCUACUUUGUGGAGCGCCUGCAACUGCCCAAACUGGCUUAUCUCCAUGUUAUUGAGUCUCGUGCUAUCGAUAGAGUGGACUGUGCAAAGGAGGGCAGUAUCCAAUUCCUACUCGAUAUUUGGGCAAUGUCGACGCCUGUCAUUGUUGCCGGUGGAUAUAGACCAGAGGACGCUGAAACAUCCAUGGGAGAAGAAUACAAAGAUCAUCUGGUGACAAUUGCUUUUAGGCAGCACUUUAUCGCCAAUCACGACUUGCCAUUUCGCAUUUAUCAUAGUAUCCCUAAUGGCUACACGAACUACCCUUUCAGUGCAGAUUUUAUGGAGAACAGAAUACAAUGCUGA